CACUUUUAUUUACGUAGCUAGAGUGUAAAGCCCAGGCCGUUACUCCACAAAGCACACUCGGGGCCCGAUGGAAUCGCUGCAAUCAGCUGUGCAUCAUAUCAUGUUAUGAUAAACAAGUAAUGAACGGCAGAAACACAGCGUGAAAAAAAUGGAGGGAAUGCUGCAUAAAUGGACGAACUACAUCAGUGGUUGGCAACCUCGUUGGUUUGUGCUUGAAGGAGGAACUUUGUCUUACUAUGACUCUCAAGAAGAUGCGUGGAAAGGUUGCAAGGGCAGCAUUAAAAUUUCAGUUUGUGAAAUCCAAGUUAAUUCCUCUGACUCCACACGAGUGGACCUGACCAUACCAGGAGAGCAGUACUUUUACCUCCGAGCCAUCAAUCCAGCAGAGAGGCAGAAAUGGCUGGUGGCUCUGGGAACAGCCAAAGCUUGCCUUACAGACAACCGAACAAAAAGAGAAAAAGAGCUCCAGGAGAACACAGAGGCAUUGAAAACCAAGAUGUCAGAACUCAGGUUGUACUGCGACCUCCUUCUCCAACAAGUAAACAAGAUCAAGGAGAAUGAUGAGCUAGGAGACACAGCGGAGACGGGGAUAGACACCGGAAACAUGGUGAAGUCUACAUGCACCACUUUCCUCAAGACUCUAGAGGAAUGCAUGCAGAUAGCAAACCACACUUUUAGUACAGAUGUGGCAACACAGAGUCCACCAGGAUCUCCUCCAGUCGCCGCCAUCAAACCUCAGAAGAUUAAACCUGGCAAUCAUUUAAAACAGAACCUUGGAGAAAAAUGGAGAGAUUUGGCUGAAACUUCAGGAGAAGUAAUUGCACAUGACAACCAGGGCUUUGCAUCUGGAGCAGAAGGACCAGAUGAGCCAGAUGGACCAGAACAUCAUCAUUCCCCAUCAGAUAUUGAUGCCGCCGACAGCAACAGGUCAGUCCAGGAGGAGGGAGGUGAUCCUACUUUACACACUACCCAGAAUACCUCUGAGACUGAACACUACCAACAACCAGCAGAGAUGGAUGAGGAAAAUGAAGCUGAUGAUCAAAAGGAGACAAAACAAGAGCAGCUGCACAAAGUGGACCAAAGUCAAGAAGAGCGUGACAACAACAACAAGGAAGCGAACGCCGUGCAUUCUCGGCACCAACAGGAAGCGGUUCCAGACAAAGCAGACGCUCAACAUGAAGGUGAAACCUCCAGAGAUUCACCAGAGUCGGAAGACACCGAGCAGGUGGAAACUUUCUUCAGCACAAUGAGUCACAGAUUUAGUGAUAUAAGACUGGACGACGACAAUGGUAUCCCUACACAAGAGUUUUUGGACUCAUGCUAUGCAAUAGUACCUGUAUUAGACAAGCUGGGGUCCACAGUGUUUGCACCAGUUAAAAUGGAUUUUGUUGGAAAUAUUAAGAAAAUAAAUCAGAAGCUGAUGUCAGACCCCGACAGCUUCCCCACACUACAGUCCAUCGUGCUGUAUGAAGUCCAGACAGAUGUCGCCCGGGUGCGUAAUUCUGCCACCGAGGCUCUGCUGUGGCUCGGACGAGGCCUGAAGUUCCUCAAGGAGUUCCUGUCAGAGGUCAAUGCAGGAGAACGAGACAUCCAGGGAGCACUAAAUAAUGCCUAUGGAAAGACCCUCCGUCAGUACCACGGGUGGGUUGUGCGAGGCGUUUUUGCGUUGGCGCUGAGAGCUGCGCCGUCUUAUCCGAGUUUCGCAGCUGCCUUGGUGUCCACAGAGGGCGAUGAGCUGAAGGGCGGCUUCACCAGCGGCAUGCACAGUGACCUGGGGGUGUACCUGCCUGCCAUGGGGAAGCAGCUGGCGAUCCUAGAUGCCCUGUAUGAAGAAUACAACCUGGAGUCUGAUGAAGUAGUGUGAAACUUGAACAGAGAGAGGAUCCACAUUCAAGGAAGGACGGAGCCUAACUGCUGCAGGGUGGAGCCAGAUGCAUCAAGUGCUUCUUGUGUACAAAGUAGUGUGAGAGGUGUUUCCAGUGGUUGUACAACUCUACAACAGGAGAGCUUUUAGGUUUGAAGAAGGUAUUAAUGUCUGCAAAACAUUAACCAUUGAGACAUUAUGGUUUGAUAACCUGUAGUUUCUGGGUCUUGUUUAAGAGACUCUAACCAUAACGUUUCUGGUGCAUUGUGGCUAUUUAUGUACAGGUACAUAACCACAAGGUAUUUGGCUCUAGUAACUUCCCUAGAAGAUCAUUUGUGAUUUCCCUUGAACUGAUGAGAAUGCAACGGCAUUUCUUAUUCAAGAUUGUCCUGUUUCCUUGGAUUCAUGAAACGGGGUGAUACUUACAACUAACAUAAAGCACUUGUUUGACAACACCAAUGUCAGAUUGUUCCAAUGCCUAAUAUAUGUGGCUUAAUUGUGUGAUGGGAUAGCAAACUGGGCUAACUUUUAAUGUAGUUGCAGUUGUUGUUAAUAGGAACCCUGCAGGUUGACUGUUUUGUUUUACAUCACUAGAGCUAUUGCUCUAGAGUCUUUUUCGUGUCAUGUGAAUGGCUUUUCGCCUUUGAGGAUCACAACGGACUAGAAUGCUUUUAUACAGUGUAGCUGUCUGGAGUGCUGCUGAAUACGUUGGUGGACAUCCUCUGCACAAACCUAUGCAUAGAAUGCAUUUUCACAAUGUCUAUUUAUUACGUCCUAAGUUAUAAUGUUCACAUUGAUGUCAUGGGGUUCAUUGGAGUCCAGCUCUUGUGUGAAUGUAUGGGCAUUUGUGUUCAUAGAGCACGUUUAUUGAUUGCAUGGUUUUAUGUGUUAAGUAACAUCGGUGCCAAUGUCAACUGCAUUAGGCCAAGGACUUCGAUUAACCAAGUUAUUGAAUAAUCCUAAAGUGGUACGAUGAAAAGUUAAAAUACAUUGCUUCUCAUUCAUCUCUACCGGUAAUGAACCGUAACAUUCAGCUGCUCUACAGAUUUCUUCAUCCAUGCACUGUUCUGCAUAUACUUGAGUGUUGUUACCAGCCCAUAUUUUAUGAUGUCGAUGCAACAAUUAAAAAAUGAGUGUUAAGACUUCAACCUCCCAGCCAGGUUAAAGUGUGUCCAUUGUGCCAACGAGCCAUUCAUCCUGAUAGCUUCUCUUUUCUUUUGACCCAGACUAAUGUUUCCUUUGUGUAUUCAGGAAUGCAUACAGUAAUACUUCUUGAAGUAAGUCAUCUGCAGUAGGUUUACAUUCCAGAUGUGCAAUGAGCUGAUUUUCAUUGUAAUAUUGCAAAUGUUUGAUUUGGUUUUUCUAUGACUGUAUAUAAGAUGCUAUUUGAUUUUUACAUAAUAAAUGAUGAAGUUGUC